GCUAUCUCUUCUCCUGGCUAUCUUGACCACGCUUGUCUGACUUAUGCAUGGUGCUUAUUCGAAUGUGUACGAUCUUUUCUAUUGUGAUUUGAGGUGUGAUUUGAGGUGGUGGAAUGAAUUCUGGAAGCGGCAUGUGUAGUAUUCCGAAUAUAUAUUCGGGCGCUCGGGCUACUUACAUUCCCUUUCAUAGCUACACUUCAGCCAAUGACAUCAAAGACAGAUACAAUCAAAAAGUUCGUACAGUUGUCGGAUGUGCUCUCACUCAUCUUCAUACGCUCUUAUGAUGGAAGUAGACUUGAAUGGGAUUGCAUCUGCUUGGCUAUCACAGCUCUCCCAUUCCCUCGACCUGAAAAAUGCGGCGAGUUGUGCAUCGCUCUUUCAUCCCAAUGGUUGGCUGCGAGAUCUCCUUGUUUUUACUUGGAACCUGCGUACUUUGAACGGCCAUGGUCAAAUUUUGGACUACUUGUCCUCUAACGUGGAAUCGACGACCAUAUUUGAGCUCAAAAUCACAGAGGAUGCAUACUUCAAGCCCUCUCCGGGAGAUCUUCCUGGGAGUGUGUCCUCUGGAUUCACAUUUUCCACGCCGAUCGCUAAUGGGAAAGGCCUCUUCACGCUGACACAAGUAGCUUCAGAGCCGGGGGUUUGGAAAGCUUUUACCUUGCUCGUUUCGCUGGACAGUCUCAAAGGCCACGAACCAAUUGGUGCCGAACAAGGCGUUUAUCAUGGUAAUUCGUUGUGCUGGUCAGAAGUGCGAGAGCAGAGAGCGCGUAUAAUUGAGGCAAAUCCGCAUGUGCUUAUCGUGGGUGCUGGUCAGAAUGGGUUGCAGGUUGCUGCUCGAUUUAAGCAGAUGGGUAUACCUACACUUGUGAUCGAUAAGAACGGGCGCAUCGGGGAUCAAUGGAGAAGAAGAUAUCCAUCGUUGACUCUGCAUACCACAAAGCAACACCAUACAAUGCUAUUUCAACCAUAUCCCGAAACCUGGCCUCGUUACACCCCUCGAGACAAGGUUGCUGAUUGGUUAGAGCAGUAUGCCGUCUCCCAGGACCUUGUUGUUUGGAUGAAAUCUCAACCGAUUCCAGUACCUUCUUACGACAAAGACAAAAAGGAAUGGGAUGUCACCAUCGAUAGAGAUGGUCAAAUCCUCACCAUCAAUCCGAAACACAUCGUCCUCGCCACGGGUACUUUAGGUGGACCGUAUACACCCGUUAUAGAAGGUCACGAUUUAUUCCAAGGACAGAUCCUCCAUUCAGACUCCUACGCUGGUGGGCCUCAGUUUACAGGAAAGCGUGUUGUCGUGGUAGGUACCGGGAACAGCGGCGCAGAUAUUGCGUUGGAUCUCCACGUCCGAGGAGCACAAUCAGUCACACUGCUUCAACGUUCUGCCACCUGUGUCCAGUCAUCGAAAACGGUUGUCGAAAUGCUUGAUCAAGUCUGGAGCCCGGAUGUACCGACUGAAGUAGCCGAUUAUCGAAGUGCUGGGACACCAUUUAAUCUUAUCAAACAAAUACUUCGAGAACGCAAAGAUAUUACCUGGGAGAAAGACAAGGAUCUUCUAGAGGGAUUGAUAAAAGCCGGGAUGGAUGUAAACCUUGGUCCCGAUGGAAGUGGUAUAUUGCCUUUGGUUGCUGAACGAGGUGGAGGGAUGGACGUGGGAUGUGGAGAGUGUGUGAUCUCGGGGAAGAUUAAAGUCAAGUCGGGGGUAGGGAUUCAUAAAUUUACACAGGGUGGGCUUCUUCUAGACGACGACACGGUGCUAGAAGCCGAUAUCAUUAUAUUUGCAACUGGGUUUAUCAACAUACGAAGCGUCAUGAGAGGCAUAUUUGGUGAUGCAAUCGAUCAAGCAGGACCAGCCGGGGGCAUGGAUGAGGAAGGGGAAAUGAACGGAGCUUAUAGACCCACUGGGCAUCCUGGGUUAUGGUACGCCCCUGGAGAUUUCCAGGCAUCGCGUUUCGGUUCAAGAUUGCUAGCAAUUCAGCUGCAGGCGAUCCAGUUAGGUUACAUGAAACAGGAUAUCCAAGCCUGA